GAUUGCUUGUUUUUGCCAACAGAACAGACGUUAACUGCAACAAUGCCGGUCAUAACUUUGGUCGAAGACCAAAUGACCGAAAACCAGAAGCUCUGGUACAUGCAAGCCAAGGAUGCCAUUCAGGACCAAAAUUGGACCGAGAUGGGACUGUGCGACGAGGAGGCGGAAGCUAUCGCGUUGGGAUUGAUGGCCAACACCAACCUGCUCCAGCUAGAACUGGACGGUAAUGGGAUUGGCGAGCGUGGUGCCAAGUGUCUGGCCGAAGCACUCGAGAACAAUCGUACGCUGAAGACGCUCAGCUUGAAGAAGAAUCAAAUUGGCGACAAGGGUGCGAUCGCGUUGGCCGAAGCUCUCAAACACGGUUCGACUCUCACCUCUCUGAAUCUGAACUCCAACAUGAUUACCACAACUGGCUUGAUGGCUCUUGCUGACUGUCUCAGUGUGAACUCCCAGCUCAAAGAGUUGUUCUUGGACUGGAAUCAUAUCGAUUGUCAGGGUGCGAGGGCGCUUGCGAAGGCCUUGGCCACCAACACGUCACUUCGUCGGCUCGAUCUGGAGGCUAAUCUUAUUCGCCUUGACGGUGGUAUUGCCAUUGCGAAAUCGCUCGAGUCCAAUUCCGCUCUGGAAGUUUUGAACCUGAAAGGGAAUCGAGUUGGCAGCACGGGUACGAGUGCGUUCGCGACGGCUCUCAAAGUAAACCGCAAGCUUUGCAAGCUGAAUCUGAGUUCGAAUGAUGUCGGAUCGCGCGGCGCUAAAGCUCUUGGACUCUCGCUCAAGUCCAAUAUUGGUUUGACCGAACUGUCCCUGAGCGACAACGAAAUUGAUGAUGAGGUCGUCAAGGUGCUCAAGACCAACCUCAUGCUCUACCCCACACUGAAAACGCUCGACUUGACUGGGAAUCCUAAGAUUAGCACGACCACGGCUCAAGCCAACGCCAAUACAGCCCAGCCCGUGAUUGAGGUCGAGUCACAGGAGGACCAGCCUCAGGAUGAACAGCAGCCUCAGGGAGACCAGACCCAGACGAUUGCAGUUUUGACCUCUGCGGCGGUCGACCCCCAGGAUGAGCAGCCCGAGCUCGAUAAACAAGACGUGGACAAUGACGACGACGACGAGGAAGCCGAUUCUGACGCUAGCCAGCCAAUCUUUGAUGGCCCUCCAACAAUGGCUCGCACGGAAAGAGCUGCACCUCUGGAUCAAGCCGAGCUCAGUGCUCAGUUCUUCCCAAAGCAGCUUGAAGUCGCCAACCGUCUGUUUGCGCGAAUUCAGGAAGUCGUCGACUUGGGCAAAUUUACCAGCUUUGAAUUUGUCGUGAUGGUCCCCAACUUGCUGUCACUGUACUCGCAAACGCUCGAGCGUCUCGAGAAGGCGUUUCCCACACCCGCGGGGAAGGUUCGCCAAAGCAUCUUCCGAGCCAACGAGUCUCCCGACCAGAAGACGGUCUUCGAGCAGUUUCGUGAACGCGUGCUCAACGUGGACAACCAGAAAACCUUGUUCCUCUUCUUGCAAGACGAAGCACACUGGGCAGCUACAGCCCCUGUCAGCCGCAUGCGUUCGCAAGGACAAGCGGCACAGGAGCAAGCCACUGGCACGGAGGCUACUGGCACCGAAGAAAGUGGUGGAGCGGCAGGCAACUACCUCAACGAUGCCGACAUGUGUGCCGCGCCCAAUUUGAUUCAGCUACUCGUCACUGCCACUCCGUACAACUUGGUCACGAGGAAAUCCCGCAUUCCAGAGGACAACGUCAUUCAGUGGUUUUCUGAAAGCGACAGCAACAUUCCCGCAAACGCAGAGCAUUCCGUGUAUUACGGCAUCCAGAAGUUCCGCAACUACCUUCAAGACGGUCAAGACAUGCAGCAAGGCAAAUUUCAUUCGCGCCAGGCCACCGAACAGCUGUUACACGCAAACCCGGUCGACUCUCAGCUGUACCACACAUGGCGGCGCGGUCGUCGCGAUGGUGCGGAGAGCGCCCGUGAAAAUGGCGACCUCUACAGGCGUCACUUCAACCACUCACAAAUUUAUGCGCAAUCCAUUCGUGCUGCUGCUGCCGCUGCAUCUGAGCCACCGCCAAGCGGCCAGCACCGUUGUCCCGAUACCGAUCAAAUGAUCAAGGAGCUUGUCUCGUGCCAGAAUGGAAACGACGGCCGUUCGUUCAUGAUUCUGAUUCGAGUUGGUCUGGUCGACGUCGGCCGCAAGCUCAAAGCUGAGCUUAUCAAAGCACGAAACGAAGCGCAGCUGCAAGAAAAGUUUGCAGUGUUGCUUGAUGUCGAAGGCAAAGCAAACUUUCUUGGCCAGCUAUUGGAAUCUGGCCCGUUGGAUCCAAACUAUUGGCUGACCAAGCUCCGUCGAUGGAACGAUAAUGAUUCGUUUGUUCCAUCGACCUACUCGGACUUGAAAGGCUUGCCCUGUUUGCUGAUUCUGUGCGAGAAGGGCAAGAUGGGUGACACUUUCCCCUCCUCUCUUCGCUACUACGACCUGCGCUUGCGCUACUCCGACUCUCGCUCGUUCGUGCGUGCGUCCUUGGAGCAGGACUUGGGACGCGCCUGCCGCUAUGUCGCGGAGCGUGUUACCGACCCGAUUCCUGUGAUAUUGAUUCCGCCAAAGCUUCAUCGUCAGCUCAAGCUUGAGGAAGGGAGCAACGCGGAUCCGUUUGUCACCCUGCCCUCGGCCGAUAAUCGCGUCGAACAACUCAAUGGAUUCAGGCAGCACGCGGAACAGCAUCAAGCUUUGACAGAAUUGCUGUCGUUGUCUGCGUACCGACUGCAUUGUGACCCAGCGGACAGCCACUACGACAAGGGCAACAGAAGCACGGUCCGCAACCGCUUUCUGCUGUACGGCCGACCCCAGGUGGGAAAGACUGGUGCCUAUUUGGCAUUGCUACGUCGUUUCGAAGAACAACUACAGGACGACCAGGACGUCAUGGAUUGUGCGGAAGAUUUGACCGAUGCUGCCGAGGCGAUCGAUGAACAGCCAGAGGCCAAGGAAGAAUCGAUCGCAGAAGCGACUGAACAUCCAGAACCAAUGGCAGUUGAUGCGGUGGAAGAUGUCGAGGUGGUCCAAGUGCAGCCAAUGCCACCGGCAAUCGCCCCCCAAAGCAACCGCGGGGCUUACCCUGAACUUGCAGUCUUGAUGGGUCAAGUUGGGCAGCCAGGUGCAAACCAGCUUGUAGCACCCGCGGCCAGCACGACCUCUACAAAUCCCCAGAACCAAGUCCAGAACGGCGACACGGCGGUGAAUGUGGCUGCCGCGAGCAACGCCUUUGUUCCCAACUACGUCGCUCGCCCUUUCGAUCAUGCCAGCACUUGCAAUGACUGUCGGAUGGGCAAUUUGGUCGCAGGUGAGGACCUAAAGAUUCCCGGGUCUAGCUGGGAUGACUUGGAGCUUCAUCUUCCCACCGGCGUUGAUGCGUUUGCUCCAUGCACGCUGGAUCCACUUUUGCAGCAACUAAGGUUCAAGCCAACUUCAUCCAACUGCAAAAUGCUCCUGCAAGAGUUUUGCGCGACUCUGGACGUCAAAUUCCCCAUUUUCGUUGAUUCCUUCCAGCGGGCACACUUGGCUACGCUGAACUGGCGUCACGCUAUGGUCAAAGAUGUGACGGAUCCCGCUUCCAUCGCGACCUACCUUCAGAUUGUCGUGAUUUGUCGAGAGGAUCUCGGUGCCUACCGCAAGGCGUGGCCCCACCUCAUCCUGGCCGUGCUGCCCGAGGCAACUGUGCCGGCAACGCAGAAUCUCGGGUUUACACGCUACUGCAUUCAGCGCUUUGCCCAGCGCUGCGGAUUUGAGUUUGUGUGGAUGAUGGACGACUUGCUGCACUCUUUCAAGUACCGUGCGCUGGCUCGCGAAACUCUCCUGCAAGCAGCUUCGAGGCUCGUCCUUGCCUCGGACGCUCAAGCGUCGGAGCCACAACCCGAGUCUGCACAGCAGAUUCAUGCAAUUCUGCAGCAGCUUUUCAAGGACAAUCGUGAUCGCAUGGAGGCAGCAACAAUCACAGCCAUUCCCGCUUACUUUGCUCUGCGCCACCUGGAAUUGCAUCCCAACAAGGACAAGGUUGCAAUCAGCGGGUUUUCGCGCCCUACGCCACGCAGCAGGGCUCGGCGCAUGCAGGAUGGAUUUUCGCGUCAGCAUGUGUAUGGCGCCGUUCUGCUCAACAUCCGGCUCGUGGACGAGUCGAACGUUUGGUAUCCAAAACACGAAGCCGCUCAGGCAGACGAAGAGUUCAACGCCCGCUGCACCAACAGCGAUUUGCUGAUUGUCAUGUACCACCGAUUUUCAUUCCACACCAAGGAGCUGCGCUCCCGUGAACCUGUGCAAUCGCAGUCUCUUCCCAGUGAGCAUGCAGUGACACAACCGCAUCUGAACCAGCACAGUGGCAGCGAUGCCGCCGUCCAGAUGGAUGUCGACCCACCUGCCACCCCAAGCACCCCAAUCGGCAAAAUGUCCGGGACGAGCACGAGCGUUCCGACUACUCCGAACGGGAAGGCGUUUGGAAAUGACAGUGCCCCGUAUACUCCAGUCAAAGGGCUUGUUUCAACAACUGGAAAGCGCCCAGCUUUAGAUGUGAGCACCGUUCCUGACACAUCGAAAAAACGGCGACCAGACUCUCCAGCCAUUGAACUUCCAACGGCUGCCGAGUCAACUGAUUCCACAAGCUUGUCUUUCUUGCAAUCCUUGGUGGCAAAGUUCACACGCACGCAUGGCAAACCUGCUGAAGCUGCCACCAAGUUAGUCGAAUCGACAAAUGGCGGGCAUCAGCCUGUGGAACAUGAAACGUCCGAGCCAAUCAAUGGUGAUGAGACUGUUACAGUUGGCGACAAGACUAUCGGCCUGACUGGACGCCAGGGUGACCGUGCUACACCUGAGCCUCUUCCGUUCGAUGAGGCUUCGUUCGUGCAAAAUCUCGUUGCCAACCUCAAGGCCAGAGAAGUUGCGUCCGCUGAGACAAAGUCACAAAAGGAGGCCAAGGCGCAGCACCGAGUCCUUCCCGAGAGGCAAGUUUCCAAUGGCCCUUCGAGUCCGUCAAGUGUCUCCAAUCCGCGUUCACACGUUCUGAACGACCUUCCAAGGCCACAACUCGUAGUUGCGUCGCCAUCAUCCAGCUCGUUCAGAAAGGGAGCGAUGGCCGAAACUGCUGCUGAAAAAUCCACCGGGUUUGCGAGACGAGCUUCAAGUGACACUGAGCGUGAGAUGGUGCAAGGCCCUACAAAGCGGCGACUUGAUGAGCCCGAUAUCAGGCCAGUGAAACGCUCGCUCCUUGAACUGAGCGAUUCUGCAAUGGCCUCCGAAGCGUCAACCCCUGUUGUCGAUGCCACGCAAUCAUUUCCCAUCCUUGCGACGUGCGUCCUUCCCGCGGGCGCUGCAAACAUUCAAGUUCAGUUAUGCGACCAGCGAUUUUCGUCGAUUGGCUUCAAGGGCAACGAGAUGUUGAUGCAGUACAGCCUGGCAACCCUUCCUGCGACGCCCAACGCGACCUCGACUCCCACACGAUGCGAGGUGAUUCUGGAUCCCGAGACAAUGGCCGUCAAGAUUGUGUUGAAGAGGUCUUGAUCAAAGUCCUUGGGUUGGUUGUUGUUUUGGUUCUUGGUGUCUUUGAGUGUUUGUGUGCCUGUUUGUUUGCAUCUUUGUUUGUUUGUUUCUUUCUUUGUUGGUUUGCAUCUUUGAUUCUUGAUUGAGAUUGGUUGCUUCUUUCUUCGUGCCAGGUUGUUGGCGCACUGAGUAAAGCGGUUUGCAUGAAC